CGAACAUAAAUUUCAUCGUUGUAGGAUGUAAGACAAUUUUCCUCUCAGCUUCAAGCUACGUAAUUGAGGAGUUAAAUGAGAGCCUAAGAAGCAUAUAAACUUCAAAGGUUGAGCAAAAAAGUUCAAUUUCUAAAAUUCUCUGGAUCUAAUAAUUAAAAACUUUCAUCUGUGCACAAAUAGACUAAAAUGGAACCAAAUUCAAUCAUCAUCUUUAUUAUUGUCUUCUGUUCAAUCUUUUGCCUCUCAAUUCCUGCUGAUUUCGAAUGCGACUUCAAACUUGCAAAUUUCUGGGUUGUUGGACAAAAGUACAGUUGUGAAGUCAUGAACAAUCCACAAAUAUCAACUGUCGAAUCAGCUUUAAUCAGAAAUAUAAUUGGUGACCAUGAAGACAGUAAAUCUAUUGAUGACGUAACAUUCUUUCGGGCUGAUAAUAAAGGAAUUGAAUAUUUUCCAAGAGGAUUAGAAAAAUUCUUUAUAAACCUGCAAGGAAUUGUCAUUGGAGUUAAUAAGUUAAAGGAAAUAAGAUCCUCUGACCUUAAGCCAUUCCCAAAUCUUACAUACCUUAAUCUAGGUGAAAAUCUCAUUCAAGUUUUGGAAGAUGGAGUUUUCGAUUAUAAUCCAGAACUAGAAGUUUUGGCAUUUUGGGGUGAUAAAAUCAUUCAUAUAGGAGAACAUGUAUUUAGCAAUUUGCAAAAGCUUACUUCAUUAGGUCUAGGGAAUAAUGUGUGUAUUGUGCUGAUUGCAGAGCAGAAUACGACAGCAGUCCAAAAUAUUAUCAAUAAAGCAAGGAUUCAAUGCAAGAAUUACGUUUUCCUGAAGUUAGAUGGGAAGAUUAAAGGUCUUGAAUCUGAUGCUACGAAUAUAAACCAUAGAAAUGUUCAAUCUUUCAAACAAAAUAUUUACAAUUUAGAAUGUGAAAUCAGGAACUCGAAAUUCUCAUUUUUAUCAAGUUUCCAAGAAAGGAUUCAAAAGUUAAAGGCACAAAAAUUUGAAACAAAAGUUACUGCUCAAGACGAUAAAAGUUUAUUAAAUGAAGUUCGGACUUUACACAAUGAACUUAAAAUUAAUACCUUUGAGAGGUUCCAAAAAAUUGAUAAAGACCUCGAAACAACUCGAAUUGAUAUUUUAAAGUCAAUCGAUUUGAAGAUUUCAGAACUUGAAAAGCGUUUGUUAGACAAAAUUGAAGCAGUUUUGGUUAAAAGUGUCGCAAGAAUAAAUUAAAAGCUGUAAAGAAUGGAAUAUAAAGUUUUUAGUCUUAAGAACAAAGUACAACACGUUAAGUUUCAAAAAGGCACAGAAGUUUACAAAAGACACAAUGAUUAUGCAACAUUCUUUGAAAUAAAAUGACUUAAAAC